AUGGACCAGGCAGAAAUUCUCGUUUUGAAAGUUGUACAACAGGGAAGUUUUGCAAAAGAUGAUCAGCGGCUGAAGACAUUGGACGUAUUCCGAGAUGAUUCUGGCAUUUUACGUUUGAAGUCUCGUAUUGCCAAUCGUAAAGACACUGUAUUCUUUCGCAUGCCGAUAGUGCUACCAUCUCGCCAUGUCGUGACAAAGAGACUCGUUUUUGAUUCUCACAGGAGGUCUUGUCAUGUAGGAGCCCAAGGUUUAGGGAGCUUGUUAAGAGAAAAGUAUUGGAUAUUGGGCGGAAGGAGUUAUAUUAAAAGCAUUAUUUCAAAAUGUGUGGUGUGUCGGAGGCAGAUAGUUAAGGGUGUUCAAGUCCAGAGUCCACCUCUUCCCGCAGACCGAGUUAAUGAUGCGUCAGCAUUUCAGAUCACUGGUGUGGACUUCGCUGGUCCUCUGCAUCUUAGAACAGGGGAAAAAGUUUGGAUCUGUAUUUUCACGUGUGCCAUUUAUAGAGCUGUACAUUUGGAAAUAGCUAGUUCAUUAUCUACUGAGCUGGAAUGGAGAGAAGUUGAAAGAUUUGCUAAGAAUAUUGCGUGGCGCUUCAACCCCCCAACAGCUGCUUGGUGGGGCGGGUUUUGGGAGCGGCUUAUAGGCAUUUUAAAAGGACUGUUACGAAAAGUUCUUGGACGCGCAGCGCUUAAUUAUGAGGACUUACUAACCGUGGUAUGCGACUUUUUGACCUCUGACAUAUAUAUCCUCGACUCUCGACCUCUGACAUAUAUAUCCGAAGACGAGAGUGAAUUGGUACCGCUUACUCAUGUAAUGUUUACGCGCGACUUGUCAGAAGAUACUUUACCUGAAUGUGACUUUGUAGCUCGAUCCUCAUUAUGCCGAAGAGUAAAACGAAUGCAAAAAAUUCGGGACAAUUUACGGUUAAGGUUCCGUAAUGAAUACUUUGGGCAGCUUCGAAACAUCGCGCGUGUUAAAUCGCCUAGACAAAUUAAGAUUGGCGAAGUUGUGCUCGUCGGUAAUGAUAAUACCAAGCGGAUGGACUGGCCACUUGGUCGAACUACCAAAGUUUUACCUGGUAAAGACGGUGCUGUAUGUUUAGUGCGGGUCUCCACUACGAAUGGAGUGAUGCUACGUCCUGUACAGAGGGUCUACGCCUUAGAAGAGACCGGGGUACCUGCUGACAUCCGGAACUCAGAAGCUCAAACGGCUCCAUCAGAGGCUACCAGAACCAUCCAGAAGUCAUCCGCGAUCGGGAGUGUAAAAAGCAGAGCACUCGAUUCGAAAACUAGUGAUUUCUCAGACGAGGAAGCGAGUGAUGUGUCUUUUCCGGUAAACGGGAGUGAUCAGAGCAGAGUACCCGCCGUCCCUAAAAUUACGCGGCAGAUAGUUAAGGGUGUUCAAGUCCAGAGUCCACCUCUUCCCGCAGACCGAGUUAAUGAUGCAUCAGCUUUUCAGAUCACUGGUGUGGACUCGCUGUACCUCGCAUCGUUAGACAGGGAAAAAGUUGGUCUGUUUUUUCACGUGUGCCAUUUUAUGGAGCUGUCUACAUUGGAAAUAGCUAGAUCAUUAUUCCUGAUGCUCUAUCACAAGUUUAAGAAAUUUUGCCAAAAUUAA